CAUUGUAUUUAAAUUCUAUUGAAAUAGAAUGCAAUACCCUAAUUUAAACGUGCUUAAGUAGAUUUCGAUGUGAUUUAACGAACAAUGCAUGAAUUAUAAAUGGCCCGUGUUUUCAGAAGACAAUAUGUACAAUACACAAGAGGAGAACAAACCUUCGAAACAUCAACUCAAGAAGGAACGGAUGGCCGCCAGGAAGGCCGCGCGCAAAAACAAAGGUAACUCGACGAGUAAAGACGAGAACGGCGCGGAGGCCAACGGUCCCAAGGAGGACGGUAAGUCGUCCUCCGAGCAGUCCGACGCUGAUGUGGAAGACAACCUCGAGGACAUGCCUCGCGCGGCCGACACUCACACCGUGUCCGUGGGCACGCAGGCCAUCGCGCACACUGCUGCCAACUUCGCCGCCUACCACAUGGAGUCCGGCUACAACUCCGAGAAGGUGAUAAGCUCCGACUCCAUCAGGACGAGUCCGGUCGACCUGGACAAAGAGAAGGCGGAUAACACCCCGGAAAAUGCGGAUAAGGAUAAAGUAGAAUUUGGAACGUCGACGACGGCGAUACCGCUUGAGUACAAGCCUCUAAUACCACUCGAGAAUUUGUCCAAUCCAGAUUCAGGAGUCGCCAGUCCAGAGGCCACCAAACAUAACUCUACAGAAACCGUGGAUAAUGUGGACUCACCGACCAAUGGCAAAGAAUUGGGCAGUCAUAGUUCGCUAUCUAGUGAAAUAAACCUAGAUCUGUCAAGUCCCCAACAUAACAAGCUGUCUCCAGUCAAAACUGAGUUUGAAAGGCCUGUUUCGAGGAUAUCUUUCGUCCCUGAAUACUCCAAUGAAGUGGUGUCACGAGGUAUAAGCGUGCAGGGAUGUAGGAAUCUUCUGGAGCACAGUGGAGAGAGCAGUUACGAGUCUUUGCCGGAGAGCAAGGCGAUCAACGACUUGAACAACCAUUUGGACAAGCUGAAGCUGUAUAAUGUAGACGACCCGAAGACCACGAAGCCACUACCGUCACCUUUAGCUGCAGAGAGUAUUAUUCCCGACCCACCGGCUCCCCCGCCUGUGCCGCGGCCGAAAGUCAAUAACGUAGAAGCAGAAAAACAAAGAGACUUCCUGCCGUACACGCGACAGAGCCCGCUCUCUCCACGAUACAUCUGCGACGAAGACGAAUGCAGCAUCCAGUCGUGUCUCAGUCAGUUCACAGCUCUAGAAUUGCUCACUGGUAACAACAAAGUUGGAUGUGAAACUUGUACUGAACGAAUAAACGGUAAAGAUGGAAAGACAGUGUACACCAACGCAACCAAACGUUUCCUGGUAUCUAGUCCACCCGCCAUCCUGAUUCUGCAUUUGAAGAGGUUCCAGAUCGGACCGCGGUGCAUGUUCAGGAAGAUGUCGAAGCACGUCGACUUCCCGACAAUUCUUGACUUGGCACCGUUCUGCGCUAUGGAUAAAGUGAGGAAGCUGCCCAAUGUGAACCGUGGUCAAAACGAGUUACUGUACUCUCUAUACGGAGUCGUGGAGCACUCGGGGGGCAUGCACGGCGGCCACUACGUGGCGUAUGUGAAGGUGCGACAGCCGGUCAAAGCCGGUGAUCCCAAAUGGUGGUUCUUGCCAAAGAGCGCUAACACGAUGCCAAACAACGCCGGCAGCGGCGACGCCGACGCGGACUCCGAAUCGGACCUCUCGGGCUACGAGUCUGGCGAGGGACCCACGUCGGCCGCCGAGCCACCCUCCGGCAAGUGGUACUACGUCUCGGACAGCAUGGUGUCUGAGGUCACAGAGGAGAAAGUGCUCAGGGCACAAGCGUAUCUUCUGUUCUACGAAAGAAUUUUAUAAACGGUUUCCUAUGAGUAAUGGAUGGGAUGAGAUGAAGGCGUACAGAGUUUUACUGCGGACUGACUGCUUAUCGGGUGCUAGAAUCAUUAGACAAAAAUAGUAUACGGUUGACGGUUGUUUGAAACAAUACAUUAGAUUAUCAUUUCACCCACAUAUAAACAGUAAAACGCUGAAAUUUGCCUUCAGUCUCAGCUGAUUGAACGGAGUGGCCUAAUGUUUGGGUUGGCAUUUAAGUGGAAGACUGAAGCUUGUAGGGCCGGUUUAUACGUGGUAGAAGUGCAUGCAUAUUGUUUUAACCGCUGUAAAUAGCUUGAAGUAAUACCGGCUUUAUUUCGUUCCGUCAACGCGGAUUGAUCCAAAUUUGACAAUUUAACUGUACUGCCAAGAACGGUACAAUAUCCAGACAAUUACACAUUAUUGACGUGAUGUAUAGAGGCAAUAUAUAAGCAAGACCGAGUCAUUAUAGCUAUGUAUUACGUGUGAACAGGAAUUGAUAUUCGUAAUAAACAGUUAUGCGAUUGAUGUUAUAAAAUAUGACACGCUACCAAUAUUAAAAUAGGGCGGUCUAACUUCAAUUGCAUAGAUUUUCCUAAGAACUUAACUUUUGAUUUACAGUGAGUGCAUAAUCUGAAACGUACCAUGACGUUCGGCAAUAUUUUUGCCAAGGAUACGUUGUAUAACCUCCGCUAUUUCUGUUCAAAUAAAGUCCAAAUUAAACUGGCAUUCUAUUAAUCUACACCUAAAGAAUGCUCGUUCGUUAUAGACGAGCCGCUACCAUUAAUACCAAAAGAAUAAUUAUGUAUUUACAACUCAAAUAAGAAUAAAUGAAUCAUGCGUUGGAACGUAUAAAUUAUGUUUACUUUGAAUUAUUUUUAUUUACUUUUGUGUAAAUCGUUGGCACACUAGUAUUCAUAUUUAAUUUAGAAUAUGCGAAAGGUACACAAUUUUAUUUUAGAAAUCAAAUAAUGCUUCGUAGCUCGUACGCAUUACGUUAUAAAAUACGAUAGUCGGAUUUAAUAAAAGACAAUUGUCUCUUAUGCUGCUAUCCGCAUAGUGUUUACGAGUUGUUAAGCACUCAAUCAUCUAAUUAAAAAGAGAUCCAAUGCUACUUACAACAAGGUUCUCUUUUCCUUGCAAUGCUAGUGUGUGCAAAGUGAAAUGUUUUAGUCCCAAUGGUUAGGUCUUCCAUUGAGGUGUCAAGCGUAAUAGCAUUUUUCAAUUUUAGAUACGGUGAAAAAUUAACAUUCACGUUUAAUUACUCUACCGAGUGCUUCUAGAAAACGAACUAAUUAAAUGUAAGUUAUUUAUUGAUUGUUUUGUCAAUGUACAUUGUAGUCUUUGGUUUUUCACCUUCCUUUUUAUCAUAGUUUUUAAACAAACCAUGUUAAUUAUGUAUUUUCUACUUGUCUUAAUUUAGGAACGUGACAGCAGAAUUAACUCUUUUUGGGGGUAAGAAUUAAAAUUUCCGAAAGCGUUGCUUAAAUUUUCUACAUUGAUUUAUUAGGUAUUAGAGGUAAUGGACAUUUUAGAGUUCAUCAGGGUUGGUAAAUACAACCGGUUCUGCAAAACACGCUUUUAACUUCCUUGUCAAAUUCCUCUAGAUUAUCCCUGAAAAGAGUUCGUUUUGUAAAGUGGAACAAUAUAUAAGUAUUUACAUACACUACGACAACGCCAAUAUUUAGAAAAGGACACUGUUCUAGUGAAAUAAAAUGGUCAAUUGGAUGCAAGAGGUCCCCAGAUCUCAAAUUGAUCUCGCAUUGAAAUAACAAUAUUAUUUAUUUGCUUCUUAGCCGAUAUAUUAAAAUGGUUAUUUAUAAACUAUCAAAUAUACGCACUUAUUGUGUUAAUCGGUUAUAACUUUUUCACUGGCCAAAUGUCGACUUGGAAAUUUUGGCCAAAUGUUGACUGGGAAAGUUUGGCCAAUGUUGACUUGGAAAUUGUGGCCAAUGUUGACUUGGAAACUUUGAUAAUCGUUCGACAUAAUAUGUGUCCGAAUUAAUUUAUACAAAAUAUAUAAAUGUCUAUAUUUUACAUUACUACUUGUAAACAUAUAUUUCAGAAUUUGUUGCAUUCAAUGUGUAAUUUUAAAUGUUUAUCUCACAUUAUUAUGUAGUCAAUGUACAUAAUAUUGUUUCUAUGGACUAGGUUCCUGGAGACAUUCGAAUGAGGGUAGACAGGCCGCGUUCGAUGUCCGCUUUUUAACAUUUUAAUAUGUAUUGUAUAUUUUAAUUGCGAGUGCUCAAUUUAGUUAUGUUUACCCGCUAUUUUAUAUUAUGAAUUUGACCUUUUAAUUAUAGCCGAAGUAUUUCUAAUGUUAGGAAUAUUAAGCUAUUAUGACCUAUGCCUAAGGUUUCCGUGUUGUCAAGUCAUGAUGUUUUUGUGGAGAAUUAAUUUUGGAAUGCAGGCAUUCAUGCAAGAUUACACGAUUUUUUUGAAUAAUUUAUGUAGGCUCCACUAUGAGGUCGGCACAAAUCUUUAAGCUUGCAUAAAAUUUGUCUUAGAAUGUUCGAAUGAAGGAAUAGUAUCUCAUGUGUUUUGCUGUUCAACACUGAACAAUAAAUGAAGUUGUUUGGGAAUACAAUAAAAAUGCCAUUAUUGUUACUGCAAAAAUCAAAACAGCUCUUACCGAUGAAGUGAUAAACUGACACGUAUUAAGAGGAUAACAUGUCUAUGAAUACUUUAUAUAGGUACUAGUUAUAGCAUGGCCAGGAAAAUAAAAAACCUCGUCAUGUAAAAAUAUGGAUUUCAUUCCUUUACUGACAACGUUAACUUUAAAACGUAAGAAAAAGUGGAGCCUUCAAAGGUUUUCUUAUGUUUCUGUUCAGACUAUAAUUAUAAUUUGCCUCGUCACAUGCCUAUCUCAGGGUCCAGGACUAUGACUUAUUUAUUUAGUAUAUUGGCAAAUUGAUUUCGUCGUACAUUCCAGAAUUAUUUCUCCACUAUAAUUGUCUUCGCGAAGGGUUCCCAUGCCCACAUAUCACAAGACGUUUGUUUAUAUUUGUGAACACCUAGCCAAUUAGUUAUGGUACCGAUAGCCCGCGUUCAUAUAUUAUUAUUUGAUAUAUUUUGUAAAAUAAACUCCACACUAUUAUUGCGUUACAAGGUGUAUUAAAUAAAAUAGUUAUAAAAUAUG